GAGCAGAAUGGCUUACAGACAUUUACUUAACUUUUGGCCUCUCGUUCCCAGUUUGGAUUUGCAGAGUGUAAUCGCAGUAUCCAAUCCACCUGCAUCUAAGAAUAACAACAUAAAGUAUUCUGAUGAGCCCUUUCAAUUCUACAAACAAAAAACUGAUGAUUUUUGUUCUAUGUUUAACCAAAAUGAAUCAACUAAAAAAGAAGUUAAUUGCCUAUUCAUAGGAAGUUGUACGGGGUGUAUAUUCAAGACCUUAGCUCGUUUCGACCGCCUUGAUAGUGAUAAAAUGAACUUGUACAUAGCUUACACAUUUCCAGAAUCUCUUACCAGAGAUUGGUUACUUCUGUCAUUAUUCAUGGAUUCCACUUCCGAAUUAAGCUUGCUUGAGAAAGCUGAAAUUUUCUUAGAGAUUCUUGGUAACACAUAUGUCCGUGCUUCAAGUGCUUCAUUCACUGAGAAAGCAUCGGCGGAAAUCUUGAAAAUUAUUGCAUCUUCAGAAAGCAAUGAAUCUUUGCUGCCUUCCAUUUCUACUAAACAGUUGAAACAAAGCGAAGUUGAUGAACUGGUUAAAGUUUUAACAUUUUUAAAAAACAGAGAAGAAUCGUUUGACAUUGGCAAAGCUUGGGAUGAUGCUUUGCGUUCCUUCUUUGGCCAGCACUAUGACAGUCGGAAAAAUCUUUUUGAUUAUCAUUUCAAUAUGAAACUCGAAGAUUACAGCAUCAUUAAUCUUAAAAAAUAUCUUGACUGGUGUGAAACUGGAAUCGCUUUCAAAUUCAGAAGUGCAAAGUAUAAUUAUCCAAAUAAAACAAUGGCUGUUCAACGACGAGACAGUCGACUCAGGCAGACAAAAGGCGUUCUAGACUCUUAUGUCGGUGACAUAGCUACUAGUCCUUUCUUAGUCUAUGGGGUUGAAAUUGAAAACGCUGAGUUCUUCAAGAAAGCAAACAACGAAUAUCUUUCAACCAGUGAAGAUAUUUCUAAGUACAACAUCAUAGAUAUGCUCGAUGAAUUUACAACAUUCAGAAAGAAGCAGAAUUCUAAAACGGUCGAAGUUCAUUUCAUGUUUUUUAAUACUUUAUGCAAAUCACGAAAAUUCGGCAAGUACUUUGAUGGGAUUUACGUUCCAUGUGAUAUGAUGCAUUGUUCCAAUAAAGUUUUACCUAGACUUUUGAAAGAUGAUGGAAUUGUGGUAUUCGAAACUAUUAAGAAUGUAGUUAAUUCAACUAAAGAACAUAAAGAGAAACAUAUGGAGGGCAUAUUUCACAUUGCAAAUUCUGGUGGUUUGACUGAAAUAGAAUGUGAUGGAGUGAAAAAUUCUGGUAACUUUAAAAUCUUCAAGCACCAUGUAAAAUGA